AUGGAGAUGAACCCGAGCACGAGCGUAACGGGCAAGCGGCCGAGGGAGGAAGAGGUUGCGACGAACGGAAAGGGAAGCGAAAAUGGAAAUGCUGAGGCCAAGGUGUCGAAGAUUGAAGAGAACACCACGCCUCACCAACAGCUCUCGGUCGCGGUACGCAUCUCACUCACUCACUUUGAUCUCGUUGCACUUCUCACAAAUCAAUGCAAUUAA